AUUAGAUCUAAGCAAGCAAGCACACUGCACACUGAGCUGAGCGGAGCGUGAAGCGUGUGGAAAACGAAAACAUGGCAUCUGUUCCGUCACGUGUAGCCCCUAAUAUUAUGAUUGCAGGUACUCCUGGCACUGGGAAAUCCACCCUUGCCAAAGAACUGGCUCUUCGGACUGGGUUGUCAUAUGUCAAUGUUGGUGAAGUUGCUGAACAAGCUGAGUGUAUGGAUGGUUAUGAUGAGGAGCUGCAGUGUGGAAUUUUGGACGAAGAUAGAGUGAUUGAUGAACUAGAAGAUAGCAUGUCUCAGGGGGGAAACGUCCUUGACUACCAUUCGUGUGAGUUCUUUCCAGAGAGGUGGUUCGACAUUGUAUUUGUUCUGCGCACUGACAACGCCAUUCUUCAUUCUCGGUUGACUGAGAGGGGUUACAAUGAGAAAAAGAUUGAAAACAACAUUGAGUCAGAAAUCUUUCAAGUCAUCUUAGACGCUGCCAAAGGAGCCUAUCCCGAAGAAAUGGUACAUGCACUGCCGUCUGACUCUGCAGAUCAGCUGGAAUCAAAUCUUGACCGAAUCCAGGAGUGGAUUGAAAUGUGGAGACAUCAGCAUACUUGAUGAUGUGGAGCUUUUUACCUUAGCAUUUUUUUCUUUCUUUUUUAAAAGAAUGUUCUUUUUUAAGGGCGGGGUUUGAGGUAUUUUGUUUGGUAAAACUCGUGUUCAACAAAGGCACAUCAAUUUUGGAUUUCGUUACAGCAAGGGACUUUAGUGAGACCGUAAAUGGUCAUUUAUGAGUUUGGUAAAUACAAGAUAUUUUAUUGACUUUUAUUUGAAAAAGCAGGGCUUCCUUCUCCUUUUGGUGAAUGUGAGUUUCACUAACUUUUGGUGGGAUGGGGGACUAGGGAGGUUAUUUUUUCUUUUGAUGUGAAAGUCAAGAGAAGUAUUAUUAUGCACUGGAGUUGUAUACAUGUAAAUAGACUUUUGUUUUCGUAAAUAAAGAUGUAACUAUGUGAGAAAGGAA